CGCCCCCGCGACUCGCGACGCGCCGCGGCGCCCGACGACGACGCGCGGAUAGCCACAUUUGGAUAACCACCGCGGCUCCCUGGACACCUUGGGCGCCUGGGACACGUCGGCGUCCACGAGGCGCUGCUCCUGCCCAGGCCCGCGCCACGCCCGUCACGAGGGUGGAGCCCGCGGGGCCGAAGCAAGCGCGCCGAGCGCCGCUCCACGCGUGUUGGUGCCGCUGUUGUGAACCGUCCCGGGGAAGCCCGAAAACACCGUGCUGGAAGAAUUUGGGCGGCGAGGCCGACGACGACCGACAUGACGGUGGACACCAAGACGUGGCCGGAGCUGCGCUACAAGAUCGCGGGCGACGCCGGCCCCCUGGACGAGUCGCGGAGGCUGUGCUCCGCCACCAGCGUGGCAUGCCUGUGCUUCGCCAGCCUGCUGCUCGUCGCCUCCGUCACCGGCACCUACCUCCUGUGGUUCACCGGCUUCUUCGAGGACCUAGUGCACUCGAGCACCGUCUACGCCAACGGCAGCGACUUCUUCCGAGCAUGGCUGGCGCCGCCGUUCGGCCCCACCACCAAGCUGUACCUCUUCAACUACACGAACGCGGCGGAGUUCAUGGCGGGGAAUGCCAGCCGCCUCCGAGUGCAGGAGCUGGGCCCGUACGCGUACUCGGAGACGCUGGAGCACGUCAACGUGCACUUCCACUCCAACGGCACCAUGUCGUACAGCGAGAAGCGGGCCUUCACGUUCCUGCCGGAAUGGUCGCGCGGCUCCGAGGAUGACGUCAUCGUGGUGCCCAACCUGCCCCUCAUCUGCGCCAUCGCCCGCGUCCGCGACGAGCCCUACGUGGCGCAGUUGGGGCUGCGCAGCGCGCUCUGGGCCAGCGGCGGCACCGCCUUCCACAAGCUGGUGGUGCGCGACUACCUGUUCGGCUACGACGACCCGCUUUACAACAUGGCGAAGAAGGCCGUGGAGGUGGCGACGACGGGCACACUGCCCAAGCUGGGGAUGCUGGCGCCGCGCGUGGGCCUGAGCUCCAACGUGUACACGGUGCAGACCGGGCAGCGCGACUUCCGGCAGCAGGACCGCGUGACGCGCCUCAACGGGCGGGCCGCGCUGGCCGCCUGGCGCGACCCCGAGUGCAACAGCAUCGACGGCUCGGCGGGCACCUUCUUCCCCGCGGACGUGGCGCGCCGCCGCGGCCCGCUGCACCUCGUCAACGCCGACGUCUGCCGCCGCAUCCCGCUCGAGUUCAAGGAGGAGGUCACGGUCAUGGAUGGCAUCCCCGCGCUGCGAUACGGGCCGCCCGACCACUUUCUGGACAACGCGCAGGACAACCCCAACAACACGUGCUACUCCACGCCCUCGUACGCCAGCCUGCCGUCCGGGGUGCUGCUCAACGGCCCCUGCUUCAUGGACUCGCCCUCCUUCAUCUCGUUCCCGCGCUUCUACCUCGGGGACGCGCGGCUGCGGACGGCCCUGGACGGCAUGGAGGAGCCCGUCAAGGAGCAGCACGAGAUGUUCUUCGACGUGCACCCGGAGCUCGGCAUCAACCUGGGCGCGGCGACGCGGCUGCAGGUCAACGUCAUGGUGCGCAAGGCCGCCAUGCUCGACUCGUACCUGGAGCCCUUCCAGGAUGAGAUCAUCCUGCCCAUCCUGUGGUUCGAAACGGCGCUGACGGAGUUCCCGGACGACGUGAAGCGCGCCACGUUCCACGCCACCUUCACGGUGCGCACGCUGGAGCGGGCCGCGUCGUACGGCCUGCCGCUGGUCGCCCUCGCGUGCGUCGUCUUCCUGGCCCUCCACGCGCUCAGGCACCGCCAGCAGCUCCUGCAGCGGCGCCGCCAGCGAGUGCAGGUCGUGAGGGUGUCCUAGUGCAGGCCGUGGCGCCGCUGGGCCGCCCCAGCUGGACUAGUCCCGAGCAACGUCCUGGACCGCGGUCCAGGCAGCGUACGGCGGCGGAGCUGGAGCAGAGUCGAGGAUCCGCGACGCCUGCAGGCUGCGGGGUAGGCACCCCAACAUGCAGCUGCCCGUCCUAGAGAGCGUCCGGGGCGCCGCAGUCAACGCAACGCUCUUCAAGAGCGCUACUGCGCGCUCCACCACACGUGGCUGUGAAAAACAAACAACAACAACGCGCACUGCGCUACGCACGGAGCCAUAGACAAUGAUGUUUUUGCCAUAGUAUUGCGCAACAUUCCAAUGGGCCGAUGCCUCUUCGUCAGGGAAAGACGAAAGUCACAUCAGGUGACGGUGGCGUCACCACAGAAAUGGGUAAGAGGGACAAUUCUGACGUCAAUUUGACAGUGUUGUAAUUUAUCGCGAGCUUUACUUUUGUGAUUACUGUGUACAUAUGAUGAACUUGACGGGUCGAAUGCAUAAACAGGCUGUGAAUACUUUGCUUUAGUUUUCUCUUCGUCUUCUUAUCAUUGUAAUUAUACUUCUAUAUUUCUUUGUAUUCUGUAUUAUUAUGAUAAUGUAAGCCGUGCCGAGGGUGGGGUAUGGGCCCCUCACUAGACCCACACCCACCACAUUGAACCUCCCUCCUCCCUUGCCUCCUCCCCUAUCCCCAGCCGUCAUCUCAAACCUCAGGUGCCCGAGAGUCUUAUCUCGAGAGGCCGCGAUCGGAGCAAAUCCUGCUAAUCCCUUCGUCUGGGCAUUUGACGGGGCCCUCGAAAUGUCGCUCGAACCACUCGGGUGACUCAAGGUGUGUUUGUCACUGUAUACACCGCUUCAAUCACGAUGUGCAUCGAGAAAAUUCCGCGAGCAAUAAAGAAAAGACUGACCAUGUCAUCGAAUCUCAAACCCAAA